CUGGCUGGGCCGGCUCCUUCCACUCCCCAAACUCCGCAGCAAGCUCUCACCCCUCCCCUCACUCUUCACGAGUAGCAAGCCUCGGGUGUAGCUCCGCCCCCAUCCCUGAGGCCGCCCCCGCAACCAGCGGAGUGUGUGCUCUCUUUUCUCCUCAGUCUCCUGCCAUCUAGUCGCUCUGGGUCUCGCUCACCGCAGAGCGCCUUUACUUUCUCGGGCUUCGCUCGGACGCCUCCGCGCGCUCUCCCAGUGCUGCCGCCGCGUCUCCCACCUCCGGCUCGCAGCCUCCGACCGGGACUCGGGGUCGCGCUCCCUGGCUCCGCCCCGUCCAGCGGACUCGCGCACUCCCGGCCCGGCCUCUCCCGGGCGCAGGCCGCCGAGCGCUCUGCCACCUCCCCCUUCUUCCCUGCUCGCCGAGCGCUCCCCGGGCGCCCUCGCUCUCGCGCUCUCCGAGGCGAGCGCGCUCCCGGCCCGCGCGCUCCGGGCUCCGGCUUCUCCCGGCUCCUGGCAGUGCAGUGACUGCGCUGGGAAACAUGGCGACCGAGGGAAUGAUCCUCACUAACCACGACCAUCAAAUCCGUGUCGGAGUCCUCACAGUGAGUGAUAGUUGCUUCAGGAAUCUUGCAGAAGAUCGCAGUGGGAUAAAUCUCAAAGAUCUUGUACAAGAUCCUUCUUUGUUGGGUGGGACUAUAUCAGCAUACAAGAUAGUACCAGACGAAAUAGAAGAAAUCAAGGAAACUCUAAUAGAUUGGUGUGAUGAAAAGGAACUUAAUUUGAUAUUAACAACUGGAGGAACAGGGUUUGCACCACGAGAUGUCACUCCAGAGGCCACAAAAGAAGUAAUAGAGCGGGAAGCUCCAGGGAUGGCCCUGGCAAUGCUGAUGGGAUCACUUAAUGUUACACCUCUGGGCAUGCUCUCUAGGCCUGUAUGUGGAAUCAGAGGGAAAACUCUCAUAAUUAACCUGCCAGGUAGCAAGAAAGGAUCUCAGGAAUGCUUUCAGUUCAUACUGCCAGCUCUACCUCACGCCAUCGACCUUUUACGUGAUGCUAUUGUAAAAGUAAAGGAGGUGCAUGAUGAACUUGAAGAUUUACCUUCCCCACCACCUCCUCUUUCCCCUCCUCCCACAACCAGUCCCCAUAAACAGACAGAAGACAAGGGGGUUCAAUGUGAGGAAGAGGAAGAAGAGAAGAAAGACAGUGGUGUUGCUUCAACAGAAGACAGUUCUUCAUCACAUAUAACUGCAGCAGCCAUUGCUGCCAAGAAGCAUCCAUUCUACACCAGUCCUGCUGUUGUCAUGGCACACGGUGAGCAGCCCAUCCCUGGUCUCAUCAAUCAUUCCCAUCAUGCAACACACAGUGCAGAUGAACGGAUUCCAGACUCCAUUAUUUCUCGUGGCGUUCAGGUGCUCCCACGAGACACAGCCUCCCUCAGCACUACUCCUUCUGAAUCGCCUCGUGCUCAGGCUACAUCUCGCCUCUCUACAGCUUCCUGCCCAACACCAAAACAAAUUAGACGGCCGGAUGAAAGCAAAGGAGUUGCUAGUAGAGUUGGAUCCCUCAAACUCCAUCGAAAGCUGGAGGAGCUCAGAGAUCACCUAGAAGGCAAUGUGAAAGGAUACUCUCUCAGAGUAAAUGUCCAGUCCAGGUGCAGCAGCAAGGAGAACAUUCUCAGAGCCAGUCACAGUGCUGUCGAUAUCACCAAGGUGGCUAGAAGACACCGCAUGUCUCCGUUUCCUCUGACAUCUAUGGACAAAGCGUUCAUCACAGUCCUGGAGAUGACUCCGGUGCUGGGGACAGAAAUCAUCAACUACAGAGAUGGAAUGGGCCGAGUCCUUGCUCAAGAUGUGUAUGCAAAAGACAACCUACCCCCCUUCCCAGCAUCAGUAAAAGAUGGCUAUGCCGUCCGAGCUGCUGAUGGCCCAGGAGACCGUUUCAUCAUUGGGGAAUCCCAAGCUGGUGAACAGCCAACUCAGACAGUAAUGCCAGGACAAGUCAUGCGGGUUACAACAGGUGCUCCAAUCCCCUGCGGUGCUGAUGCAGUAGUACAAGUGGAAGAUACUGAACUUAUCAGGGAAUCAGAUGAUGGCACUGAGGAACUUGAAGUGCGAAUUCUGGUUCAGGCUCGACCAGGCCAAGAUAUCAGACCCAUCGGCCAUGACAUUAAAAGAGGGGAAUGCGUGUUAGCCAAAGGAACCCACAUGGGCCCCUCAGAGAUUGGUCUUCUGGCAACUGUAGGUGUCACAGAGGUUGAAGUUAAUAAGUUUCCAGUGGUUGCAGUCAUGUCAACAGGGAAUGAGCUACUAAAUCCUGAAGAUGACCUCUUACCAGGAAAGAUUCGAGAUAGUAAUCGUUCAACCCUCCUAGCAACAAUUCAGGAACAUGGUUACCCUACAAUCAACUUGGGAAUUGUGGGAGACAACCCAGAUGACUUACUCAAUGCCUUGAAUGAGGGUAUCAGUCGUGCUGAUGUCAUCAUCACAUCAGGGGGUGUAUCCAUGGGGGAAAAGGACUAUCUCAAGCAGGUGCUGGACAUUGAUCUUCAUGCUCAGAUCCAUUUUGGCAGGGUUUUUAUGAAGCCAGGUCUGCCAACAACAUUUGCAACUUUGGAUAUUGAUGGUGUAAGAAAAAUAAUCUUUGCACUACCAGGGAAUCCUGUGUCAGCCGUGGUCACCUGCAAUCUCUUUGUUGUGCCUGCACUGAGAAAGAUGCAGGGAAUCUUGGAUCCUCGGCCGACCAUCAUCAAAGCCAGGUUAUCAUGUGACGUGAAACUGGAUCCUCGCCCAGAAUACCAUCGGUGUAUACUGACUUGGCAUCACCAAGAACCACUGCCUUGGGCACAGAGUACAGGUAAUCAGAUGAGCAGCCGUCUGAUGAGCAUGCGCAGUGCCAACGGGCUGUUGAUGCUACCUCCAAAGACAGAGCAGUACGUGGAGCUCCACAAGGGCGAGGUGGUGGACGUCAUGGUCAUUGGACGGCUAUGAUGGCCACCAGCAGGAGAAGGCUUUGAUGCAUGUCCACAUAUCAUUGACUGUAUCCUGUAAUAUGCAACGGCACAGCUAGUUUUUCUGAUUUGGAUAAAAAUUGAUCUGUAUAGUCAACAUCUUGAACUAUAUUUCAAAUGAAUUUAAAUACCUUUUAAAGAAAAAAACACCUAAAAAUAACCCUUACCAGACAACUCUAUUCUGAUUAUAUCAAAGCAAAUUUUUUCUUUCUUGCAAAUUGCUUUGUGUGUUCAAUGCUAGGUCUGAUAGCGAUAGCUUUUAGUAGACAGCGGUAGGUGCCUGCAGAACUUGUGUUUUUCUCAUCUUUAAAAUACAACUACUUAUGCUCUUAAAUCAAGGCUGUCUGCUUGUUUAUACUAGCGUAGGCAACACUUGGAUUUCCCUUCUUAGUAUGCUUCAUAACCGCUUUACAGAGAGCCUUUGCUUGUUCUUUAUCAUGUCUUUCGUGUUUAUGUGCACAGUGCCAAAAGAAGAGUGACUGGGUAGAGGCCGGCCCCACCUCCAGGAGAACUUUCCCCUGCAGAGCAUUCAGGGAGGUUUCUCAGCCCAGUAGCCUCAUGGCACAGUACUCUUGGGCAGUAACUGGAAAACUUUUAUUUGAACAAACAAACUGGGGGUAAAAAUGCUUCCUUAAGUGCUGACAGCCUUUUUAACCAAUACAUUUAAAAUUGUACAGAACAAAAACUAAAAUCAAAGACUGAUCUUGUACAGAUAUUAGUGUUACCAGCAUUCAUGUGGAAAUUAAGAGCAAAGAAAAAAAUAAUGUUAAACAACUCUGUACCAUAACAUUUUCUGUAAUGAUACUGAAACUUAAUGAAUAAAAAAAAAAAAUCCUUGAUCAUUAUUUAAAAAUUUAUUGUGUUGGCCUUGUUAUUGAAAAAGGGAAGACUGUCAUGGCAUUCUGAUGGAGUUCUGUCUGGAUAAAAGGAAUAGUUAAGAUUAUCUAGCAAGGUUAAGUAGCAUAAAGGCGAUUCAAAAUAUUAAGAAAUACGGCUAUUUUUCUGUCAACAUUUGGAGAAAAUAGCAUCGGGAUCCAGAAAACACAGAUUAGAAACUAGGAGAGAACCUGCUAUUGAUCUGCUUUUUCCAGGUUAUACUCAAAGAAUCAUAAGCAAAUUUGGAGGAAAGAUACUUAAUGAUGAAAAAAAAAAAAAAAACUUACAGGCCAUAAAAGUAAAUUUCAAAAAUCUACAGCUCCUUAGAAUAGAGGGAGAAAAUAGGUAAUGAACCCUAAAAAUUGCAGAUAAGUACCUGGAAAAAUUUUUUAUCACAUUAGGAAGGAAAGGAGAAAUGGGAAAGUACAGGAUAGAGUUCACAAAAAAAAAUAUUGACUGGAUACAACCUUAUCGUUCAAUGUAAAAGUGGUAUUUGAUAUGUAAGGAUGAAUAGAAAAGAAUAUCAAGGAAGGUCUUGCCAAGAGAAGAGGACAGGGCCAUGGGGAACCUAUAAUUUGGGGUACUAGAGGAAAAAGGCAUGAAUGGAGUGAAGGAAAGAGCAGUUUAUGGAAGAGAGGAAAGAGAGUAAUGCAGUGUCUCAAAAACCAAGGAGGAAAGAGUUUCAAGACGGAAAAAUAAUCAACUGUCAAAUGCAAAGGAAAUGGCAAGAAGGAUGAAGACUCAAAAAGACUUAUUGAUUAGGCAAUCAUUUGUGAACUGCAAGAGUGGACUGAGGGCAAAAGUCAGGUAGCAGAAUAGAAGCUGUGAAUAUGAAUUUUUUCAAACUUUUCCAUAGAAAAGAAAGAUAGACACAGGAUGAUAACUUGAACCCGUAACAAGAUGGAGGGAAAAUUUUUGUUUGCAUCUUUUGAGACACAAGAAAUAACAGUAGUGGGAAUACUAAAAAUGAAAGAGUAAGAUCCCAGAUGGAGCAAGAGGAAGAAGAAAGAUAGGUUGGAUUUAAGGAGCACAGUGGCCCAAGUAGCCUGGGGGAAAAAGGGGACAUUUUUCCUCUUAUUUGGGAAAAAAAAAAAAAGAUAUGAAUACAUUUGAGGUAGAUAACAAGCAAAAUUUUAAAAGUUGAGGUCCAGUGAAAUGAUUCUACUUGACACAGUACAAGUCAAUGUCAUCUAAUCUAUUUGCAUUUAUUUGACCAAAAUUAUUUAAGAAUUAAGCAUAUAUGACUUACUGUAAUUCUUCUUUGUCUCAGUAGUUGGUACUUAAAUAAAAGACUAUGGAAGACGUUUUCAGAUUCUUAUUUAUCAUUGUGUGGAAGUUAAGCAGUUCCUUUUUAAUCUGCUUUUAUGGUUCUAUAUUUUGGUUGUCUCAAACCAUGUAACACAAUGAAAAAAAGAAAACAUUAAUUUUACCAAGUAAAUGUUAUUAAGUGAUGUUUUAUGCUCCAGCAAGUGAAUAUUUUGGAUGGCUUUAAUUUUUUUUUUUUAAUUAUUUGCUAAGCAACAAAACUUUGUGGAUCUAACCCACACCAACUCUUGAUCUGCAUGAAAACCUACCAAGGUAAGUCAUUAUCAUUACCAAUUUUAGAAAGUGGGGAUUUACUAAGUACAAAAUUCCAGGCAAAUAAACUGUCCAUCUUAUUAUUCCAGUGAUGAAGGAUAUAGGUUGAAUAAUGCAUUGCAUCCUAACUUGAUGAUAAAAAGUAUUGUCCUUGUCUUUCUGCAACAAAGAGUUACACUAUUAUAGAGUUCAUCAGUACUCUGAGCACAUAAUAACUUGGGCUGGAACCAAAGGUUAAAGAAUUGCUCAAUUUUGGCUAUUUUGUCAGGACAUUUUCUCCUGUAGAUUUUUGUAGUAAUUCAAUCAUUUACUUAACAAGCAUUUGCUAGGCUCCUACAGUAUGCCAGGCUCCAUGCUGGGCACUGAGAAUACAGGGAUGAAUGGACAAAGCCCCUGAUAUUCAAGUGGAGGAGACAGAUGAUGAGAAGGCAAAGAAACAAAAAAAUACAGAUUAUGAAAAGUCUGUGAAGAAGAUUCGAAGCUCUGUUAGAUAGCAGCUGAGUGGAGGCUUAAUUUAGAUUUGGUGAUUAUGUCAGCAUCCAGCCUUUAAAAAAAGCAGAAAUCACACUAAGAAUUUCAAUACCAAAACCCAAAACUGUUGCCGUCGAGUCGAUUUCAACUCAUAGCAACCUUAUAGAACAGAGUAGAACUGCCCUAUAGGGUUUCCAAGGAGCGGCUGGUAAAUUCUAACUGCUGACCUUUUGGUUAGCAGUCUAGCUGUUAACCACUGUGCCACCAAGUCUCCAAUAUUUCAAUAAAGGGGCUUUAAUAUAGGAAUCCACCAGCCUGUCAGUUUGUCAUACUGUAGUGGCUUGCGUGUUACUACAGUGCUGGAAGCUACACCACCAGUAUUUCAAAUACUAGCAGGGUCACUCAUCCUGAAGCAGUGGAGCUUCCAGACCAAGACAGACUAGGAAGGAAGGCCUAGUGAUCUACUCCCAAAAAUCAGCCAGUGAAACCCACGUGGAUCACAGAAUAUUGUACGACACUCUGAGUCACUUACUUUGGACACGUCACUCAGGGACCAGUCGUUGGAGCAGGAUAUCAUGGUUGGUAAAGUAAAGGGCCUGCAAAAGCAAGGAAAACCCUCAAUGAGAUGGACUGGCACAAUGGCUGCCACAAUGGACUUAAACAUACUAAUGGUCGUGAACAUGGCACAGGACCAGGCAACAUUUCAUUCUGUUAUAUAUGGGGUUGCCAUGAGUCAGAGCUGACUGGACAGUAACUAACAAAAACGACAAUAUAGCAAUAAGUUAAAUUGGUGUUGGAGGCCUGGAAAAGCAAAAGGAAACACUGAGAUGUCAGAGAUAAUAACCACAGGAAGCAACCACCACUCUAGGGCUGGGGGUGGGAAUGGUGGCAAAAAAAGAAAGAGAUGAGGUUAAUUAGAAUAUAGAGGCUCAGAGCCCUUUGGAGCUGGGACUGAACCAUUUAAGGAGGGAAGACUGUGCAGCUGCUGAUUUGAAAGUGCCAAAAAAAGAAAAAAAUGGAGGCUAGAACGAGCUGCUGUUGCCAGGGUGACCCUGACAGAAACAACAGGCAAACAAGAUCGAACACAAUUUUCUUCCCUCCUCCUGGUUUCCAGGCUCCCUCUAGUCUAAUAUAGAGGAACUCAGCUGGCAAAAGAGAAAAACAGUUUGCAGAGUUCCAGCCACAGCAUCACAAUGAAGAGUGUACAGUGAUGGAUUUGGAGCUGAGAGACAAUCAUUUGUCAGCUGGCCCAGCAAUCUAGGAAUGACUCUAAACAGAUGACAUUCUAGCUGAGAUCUGAAGAGUGAAAGUAUGCCCCACAUGCUAAGAGAUGGGAGAAGAGAAUUUCAGACGGAGAAAAGGGCUUGAGGAGAAUGACAUCAGAAAGGAGACAGAAGUGUGAUUAGGGGGGAAAUGGUUUGAGAUACAGUUGGAGUGAACUGGAGCCAAGAUGGAGCCAGAUCAAGCUCACAAAUAUAUAGGUUCUUGGGUAUAAUACUAAAUACACACACAGUUAUGAUAUAUGUCACCUAUUCUAAGAGCAUGGGGAAGCCACUGAAGAUUUAAGAAGAAAAACUUUACUAAAUACCUAUUGAAUACAAGGCACCAUGCUAGGUAAGGGUUCCUGCAAACAAGGAACUCAUUCUCUCUGCCUCCUACACCUGUUCCUCUGCUUAUAUUUUAUGUCCUGGUUAACGGCACUACCAUUCAUCCAGUUUCCCAAACCAGAAACCUUUGAGUCAUCCUACUUUUCCCUCCACACCUCCAGUUAGUCACUAAAUUCUGUCAGAUUUACUGACUAAUAGUUUCUAAAUUAAAUCCUUCCUUUCAUUCCCAUUGGCACUGGCUUGGUGUCUGUGCCUCAGGAACUGUCCUCCCCAGAGCCAUCCUUCACACCACCACCAGAGUGAUCAGUGCAGAAUUAACUCUCCCCACGAUAAAGCUCAUCAUUAGAAAACCUCUACAGCAGAUGAGGCCCAAGACACAAGUUAUGGCAUUCAAAGCCCUCCACAACCUAGUGCCUCCCUCCUCCAACUUCAUUUUUUCUCCCCUCCAACUAUGUAACAGGGAACCAUUUUCAAUUACCCCCUCAAACCAUGUCAUCUCAUGCCUCAGUGCCUUUGCUCAUGCUGGCUAAUCUUCCAAAAUUUAGCUUGGGCAUUGACUCCUCCAGGCAGCCUUUGAUAAAUCCCAUGUUGGACUAAGUAUCCCUCAUGUCCCAGAGCCCCGUGCAUCCCUCUCUCUUUUAUCAAUGCAUCUCCUUAAAAUCAUCAGCUUAUAUGACCCCUCCCCCACUGGACAGUAAAUUCCUGGAGGGAACAGAUUGUUCAUUUUGCAGCCUCAGCAUGGCAUGGUGCCCAGUAAGUAGUGGGUACUUAUUACUGAACUCAGCAACAGAACUGGCCUCACAUAGCAUUCACCAGGAAGCCAGAGACACAACUUGGCAGGAAACUUUCAUAUCCCAAGCUUAGAACACACAGCUGAGAGAACCCAUAUAGGCAGAAACCAGUAGGGCCCAUCUCAUAAGGGGCAAGGACAGAGGGCAAAUUGGUCACAGACCUCACUUUGACAAAGAGCCUCAAAUUCAGACUCACGGUGUCAUCUCCAAAUGAGAUUAUACACAUGGUUUUAUAUUCUGUGCAUGUUGAAAAGCAUUAAUAUUUUAAAGGCAAAAAUUUUA